AUGGUUAUUAAUCGAGCGGAUCCCAAUGUCCCAUUUCGCCGUUUUUUGGCAAUUUUGAUUACUCUUGGUCUUCUGAUUUUUGUUUUCACUGUGUAUAACAAUUCCGACUCAACAAGGAAUCUGGAAACACUAAAGUCCCGAUUAAGAUACCCCAGCAACCAGACAGGAAUUUCAAAACAAUUAUCAAAUUAUGACUUGAAUGAAUACAAUGUGAAGACUUAUAAUGGAUAUGUGACUAUGAACGAGUUGAAUGAAAAGGUUUACAAACUUCUUGGCUAUGAAAUCGAGCUUCCAACUCUGCCAGUUCCAACACUACGAAUGAUCAAUGAACCAACUUGUGAAUUAGUGUUCUCAGAAUGGCUGAAAGUAUCUCAACAGCCACAACCUGAUAAACCACAAAGAACAAUUCCAAGCCGGGAUUCAGACGCAUUUCUUCUUUUUGGAUAUGCAGCACUAGGAAAGUGGUACAUAAAUGAUAAGAAUUCGUUGUUUGGAGAGAAACCAAGAAACUGGGAUAGGAUAUCAGAGUUAAUGGAUUAUUCUAAAGAUCAACUGGGUAAAAUGGCAUAUCACAAAGAAUCAGUGUCAAUGUAUCAUGCAAUGGCUGCUAAUCGCCUCGAUGGAAAGAGUGGGGUUGUUAUUGGAAGUAUGCAACCAUGGGUGGAAGUUAUGGCCCUGAAAAAUGGUGCCAAAACAGUUCUGACGGUUGAAUACAAUCCAUUAAAAAUACAAGACGAAUUCAAGGACAGAAUGUCUGCCAUACUUCCAUCGGAAUUCGUAAAAAAGUAUAGAGAUUACUAUGAGAAAUUUGACUUCGCUGCUUCAUUCUCAUCCAUCGAACACUCGGGACUCGGACGGUAUGGAGAUCCGCUAGAUCCGAUUGGUGAUCUGAGAGAAAUGUUGAAGAUCAAAUGCAUUCUCAAAAAAGGAGGUUUACUAUUCCUUGCCUUCCCACUGGGAACCGACUCGAUUCAAUAUAAUGCACACAGAAUAUACGGUCCCGUUCGUCUUGCGUUAAUGUUUUAUGGCUUCGAAUGGUUGUCAACGUUCAAUGGAGAACAAGAACAGCCUUUUGAUCUGAAUUCUCUCAAUUUGCAUUCGAAAGUUAAAUUUCAACAGGCACAAUACACGAUGGUUUUGAGGAAACUUUGA